AGGAACCUUUCUAAUGGCGCAGAGAGUCGGUGCGUUUUGACUGUAACACAUCCCCCCGUUCGUUGGCGUCCUCUCGGUUCCAUUGACAGACAUGGCAGGACCUGACCUGAUAAGAACUCUCCUGUACACAGUCAAUAACCUUUUGCAACAGGAGAAAUACAAAGCAGCCUUAGCAGUUGUUAAAGGAUUCCGAAACGGAGCUGUAUAUGGAGCCAAGAUCAGAGCACCACAUGCCCUGGUUAUGACAUUUCUGUUUAGAAGCGGAAGUGUGAGAGAUAAACUCAGAGCCAUUUUGAAGGCCACCUACACACACUCUCGGAAUCUGGCAUACUUUGUGUUCACAUACAAAGGACUUCAAGCCUUACAGCAGAGGAUCCAAGGCAAAACCUUACAGCAGCACUCUUUUCUGGCCGCUUGUGUUGGAGGAUGGUUAGUCUUUGGAGAGAACAACAACAUUAAUAGUCAGAUCAAUAUGUACCUGCUAUCCAGAAUCCUGUUCGCUUUGUCCCGGCUGGCUGUGGAGAAAGGAUUUAUCCCUGCACCCAAACAAGACCCCUUCCCACUCUUUGCUACAAUUGUUUGGGGUGUUGUCCUGUGGCUGUUUGAGUAUUACCCGCACACUCUCCAGCCAUCACUGCAGUCCUCCAUGAACUACCUCUACCAUGACAGCAAUGUGUGGCAUGACAUCUCAGAUUUCCUCAUUUAUAAUAAACCAAGUGCUCAGAAAUGAAGCUUUAAACUUUUUAAUCUAAAUGUUCUCUUUGUAACGAAUGAAUGAUGAAUUCUUUUCGAUUUUAUUUUUAUAAUGAUUCUGAAUCCUAUAUAAUGUCAUAUUUUUUGUGGGAUCAUUGCGCUGUAUAUAUUUUUUCUGUUUUAAUUGAUAGACCUAGUUAUUUACGUCUCAGAUUUUCCAUUUUCCAUCUAAAGAGCACAUUCGAAGUGUAAAAUUUCUGAUUGAAAAUACAAUAUGCAUGUAUCCUGUAUUUCAGUCACACAUUUAUCUAUUUAUGAUUACAAAGAAUUGUUUGUUUCUGUUGACCAAAUGUCAAAUUUGUAGUAUUAUAUUCAGCUGAGGGGGUUGAAAAAUCUAAAUUCCACCAAUCUUUGCUUUAGGAGAGUAAAAAGUAAUCAAAAUCAGUGGCAGCUGUCAUGGAAGUGGCCGUUCUGUUCUGUGAUUCUUAUUCAGUGUCAUCAUUAUAAUAUUAAUUCAACACACAGUCAUUCAAAUUCAGAUAUGAGAGGGAAAACUAAUUUUUGUUAGAGAAUGAAAAAAAAAAAAACAGAAUAUUCAAGAAUACUCAAGUAGAGAACUCAAGAGUUGGCUUUAAAGAGCCUGGAAAAGUUUAAGUUUCCUUCCUGCAAAACAAUGCCGGUGUUUAGAUGGUGAACACUAUUUAAUCCCUUCAGAUCUUUGAAGAUUGAUUGGUCCAUAACUCACUCUACUGUGGGCAGUACUAGGAGUGUGUGUUUGUCAAAGCAUUCAUUAAUUCAUAUUAAGUGCCUGAAGGUGUGUCAUUAUCGUGAUAAUUCUAAUAAUUGUUUAAUAAAAUGCUUCUUCAGUCCAA